AUGACCGAACAUAUAGCUCGCCUCUUUGACCCUCUAGGAUUGUUAGGUCCGGUUGUUACUUCCGCUAAGCUCUUUAUGCAAGCUCUAUGGGGAUUAAAAAAUGACGACGGUACAUCCUGGGACUGGGACCAACAACUUCCACCUACGGCCAUAGACUUUUGGCAAACAUACCAUUCACAGCUCGUUCUGCUCAACGACCUUCGUAUAGACCGCUGCAUUCUAUGCUCGAAUCCCCCAACAGUGCAACUGCACAUCUUUUCCGACGCGUCUGAGCGUGCCUACGGCGCAUGUGCCUACAUCCGUUCAACAAAUUCAUCUGGUGUCAACGUCGCACUUCUAACAGCAAGAUCCAAGGUAGCACCUCUAAACCGCCAAAGCAUUCCUCGCCUCGAACUCUGUGGAGCCCAAAUUGCUUCGGAGUUGUAUCAAAAGAUCAUCACAUCGCUUCAACGUCCUCUUGAGACCUUCUUCUGGGUCGACUCAACUACCGUCAUCCACUGGCUCAAAUCACCACCGUCCACUUGGGUAACAUUCGUCGCUAAUCGAGUGUCGAAAAUACAACUGGCAACCGAAACCUGUUCAUGGAACCACGUCCCGGGAUCAGAAAACCCAGCUGAUUUGAUAUCACGGAGCAUGUCUGCCGACGCUCUUCUUCAAGACAACCUGUGGUGGAAGGGGCCAGACUGGCUGAAACACGACGCUCAUCAAUGGCCAUCGCAACAAAUUACUCCGAUUCAAAACGCCGACAUUCUCCGAGAAAUCAGAAAAACACCAGUCAUCGUAAUCACCGCAGCAUCUACAGAAUCAUUCAUCGACGAACUCACCGCUCGAUUCUCCUCCUUUCGUCGGAUGAUUCACACCAUUGCCUAUUGUAGACGGGUCACUCGAAACCGCAGGGUCAAGACAGCAACAACAUCCAGCAGCAAAGUUCUCACUUGCGAGGAAAUCGAAGAAGCGGAACACGUACUCAUCUCGCUCGUUCAACAACAAGCCUUCAGCAGCGAAUGGAUCAACCUACAAAAGAAGAAAUCUGUCCCGACAAGGUCUCGCAUCAGAUGGUUCCAUCCGUUCUUAUCCGACGACCAGAUCAUACGCAUCGGCGGCAGGCUCGAUCAAGCGCAACUGCCGUACAACACCAAACAUCAAGUUCUCCUCCCUGGCACGCAUCGGUUUACCAAACUACUGGUCGACUAUUACCACCGAAAACAUCUCCACGCAGCUCCACAACUCCUAAUCAGCAUUCUUCGAACCCGGUAUUGGGUAUUAGGGGCCAGGGAUCUGGCAAAAAGGGUCGUACACUCCUGCGUCAUCUGCUUCAGAGCACGGCCAAAACAUCUCGAGCAAUUCAUGGGUGAAUUGCCGGCAGCACGCGUCAACAUGGCCCGUCCGUUCUCAAUAACCGGCAUCGACUACUGGGGACCCGUCCUGAUUCAACCACCACACCGUCGAGCCGCUCCGAAGAAGGCUUACGUGGCAGUUUUUGUGUGCUUCUGCACCAAAGCUGUCCACCUUGAACUAGUCUGCGACCUCACCACAGCAAAGUUUAUCCAGGCCCUGCGUCGUUUCGUUUCUCGCCGUGGACUUUGCUUCGAAAUUUACAGCGACAAUGGCAGAAAUUUUGUGGGGGCGGCAAAUGAAUUGCGACAACUAGUUCGGAGCGAGGCCCACAAACAAGCAUUGGCUGAAGAGUGCACAACGAACGGCAUCAGGUGGCACUUCAAUCCACCGAAAGCUUCACACUUCGGCGGUCUCUGGGAGGCCGCAAUCUAUUCCGCCCAAAAACAUUUCACCCGUGUUCUCGGAAGCCACACUUUGCCAUACGAUGAGAUGGAAACCCUACUCGUUCAAAUCGAAUGCUGCCUGAAUUCACGACCAAUCUCACCGUUGAGCGAUGAUCCUUCGGACUACGACCCCUUAACACCCGGCCACUUUCUCGCUGGGACUGCCCUGAAAGCUGUUCCACAGACUGAUGUUUCUACGGUUCCAUCCAAUCGGCUCAAGCUCUGGCAGCAAACACAAAAGCUGCUACAAAACAUCUGGAAACGUUGGCAUCUGGAGUAUGUUUCCACCCUACAGCACCGUUCGAAGUGGUUAAAAUCUCCCGUCAUCAUCGAAAAGGGCCGCUUAGCAAUCCUCAAGGACGACGCUGCUCCACCGAUGACUUGGAAACUAGCCAGAAUUACGGAUCUUCAUCAGCGGUGUGUAGACUCGCUUCAGAAAGAAUCAUUCCGCUGA